AGUAACUGGCUUUUAGAGCUGCAUUUUAUAAACACACUGUAAAGGCUGGGUAGGGCUUUUUUGGGCUAUUUUAAGCAAAGCCGUUAAAUUGUCUCAAUGAAACAUUAAAGACGAGCAGCAGCAGCUGCACGCUAGCUCGUGUUGAUAGCACGCGCAGAGUAACCAAGGAAGACACAAAGAGCACAAACAGCUGCUGGCGCUCAGCGUUACAUCCACAGACUGUUACUGAUUCUUUGUAAACAUGACUGAUGAUCUGGCGAUGACAAAAACACGAGCCAAGUCCCGCGAGUCUCCAGCAGAAUCUCCUAACAGCAUGGGAAGCACCGACAGGGGCAUGUAUGCAUCUCCUCCCUGUUCACAAACCGGAUAUACAAAGAGAGAGUUUAUCAUGAUGGCACCUGAAGAAAAGCUCAAACACUUCGACAACCGAGCUCAGGCCCGUGACCACAACCGAGAGUUUGAUGCUUGCAUCCAGGACCUGGUCCGCUGCGUGGCUCUGACUCGGCUGGUUUACGGGGACGGACAUCUGAAACUGGCCCAGGCCCAUGCCAGACUGGCUAAAGCAUAUUUGCAGUUCAAAGGAUGGGCCCCACAGGCUCAGGAGCACUCGGCUCUGGCCAGAGAGCUGCUGCCUUUCUGCUCCUCCGUCUCCCCCCGCAGAGGUGAAAAGCUCCAGGCUCUCAUGUGUCUCCUGGACAUACACCUCACACAGGGAGGUGCCUCACUGCUGACAGCCAAUCUUGAGGAGGCAGAAUCCUCUUUCCUGGAGGCUGAACAAGUCCUCGAGCAGCUCCAUCUACAGGGUGCCAUCAACCAGGAGGAGAAGAUGAAGACAGAGCUGGAAAUCUCCUCUGCUCUAUCCAGGGUCUAUAGGAGACAGAGCAGACACAAGGAGGCCUUAAGCCAGUGUGAGAAGUCCCUGCAGCGGCUGGAGGACUGUGGAAAGCCAGAAAAGACAUGCUCUGUCUAUAGGGACAUGGCUGCCAUAGAGCAGGGCAAAGGUCAUUUAGAUCGAGCCAUAGAGCAUCUCUCCAAGGCUCAUGCCAUUGCUGUGAGUCACAGUUCAGGGGAGCUGGAAGAGGCACAGAUCUCCCACAGCCUUGCCCUCAUGCUCUCUGCUGCCGCCACAGAGCCCCAUCACAAUGAAUCUGCAGGUCACUACUUUGAGCAGAGUCUGAGUGUAUACAAAAGCUCUGCAGGUCCACAGGAUCCGGCCUUUCUUGCAGCCCAGGAUGAUUUCUGUCAUUUCCUCCUCCUCAAUGGCCAGCAAGAGAGAUGUGUGGAGAUCCAGAGAGCUUCUCUCGCUCCAAAGAGGUCUGCUUUUGGUGACCUGAGCGCUGAGGUCUCAGACACCCUCCAGCUGAUCGGAAGUGUGGACAUGAGUGAGGGCAGGAUGAAGCAGGCACACAGGACCAUGACAAAGUGCCUGGAGAUCCAGAGUUUGUUGUACGGUCCUCAGCACAAGAAGACAAAAGCUACACAAAAAGCUGUGGACAUGCUGGCCCGGGCACCAGAGGUGGCUGAGAGACAGAGGCAAGGUACAAGGAAAACAAAAAAUCUCACGCUUUCAGCUCUACCAUCCAGUGGCAAUGAUGGAAACUCAAUGUCUGACUCUUGACAUGUUCUUUUUUUUUGUUUGUCAGUACAAUAAUCUUACAGGUUUUUAUCAAUAACUAUUUUUAAUGAAGUUUAUAUAAAAAAGGCUGCUACUACUGCUGAAAAUUAGCUCCAAUUGCACUAAUCAUGUCCACGUCAUGUUAUACUGAAUGAAAUAUACUGGCUAAGCUUUGAAGAGAUACUCAGAAAACAUACUCCCAGUUGGUUUAAAUCAUGUUACGAUAUUAAUCUAUUUACAAAGAAGGGCUGAAACCUUUUUCACCAAAGCAUUAAUGUUUAAUUGAUAUCAUUUUGUCAGUUAAAGCAAUGUUGUUGGACUAUCCAUGGUGACAAACACUUACUGAACAUUUGACUCAUUAAACAGUCUUCAUACAUCAAUGCAUGUCCUGUAUGCUGUCAUGCACAUUUUUAAUGCUAUGAAAUGGCACAUUAUAUCCAGAUUACACUGUGUACAUAUUGUUUACUGACAGUUACAUAACAGAGAUUCCUUUUUAAAAGAGACAGUUCACGCCCAAAUCAAAAAUACAAUUUUUUUUCUCUCUCCUGUAGUGCUAUUAAUCAGUCUAGAUUGUGUCGAUUUGAGCUGCUGGGUGUUGGAGAUCCAAUAUGAUGGAACUCUAUGGCACUCGGCUUGUAGUGCUCAAAACGCCAAAAAAACAACUAAAGAACAAUCUAU